AUGGAACGUCUCGGAUUUUGGGGAUUGCUAAUGGGUAGUGUGGAAAAGUCACCGGAUUCUGGAAAUUCCGUGGCUUGCUCUGCAUCUACGAAGAAUGGAGACGAAGAGAGUAGUAGUACUACUUCAUCGAAGCAAGUUUCACGCUCUGGGUCGAGACACACUAGCCCUUUAGGUCGAGUAGGGUCGAGAAACACGAGCCCGUCUCGUCAGAAAGUGGUCAAGACGAAGCCUCGUGGUUUAGAGGAAGAGACAGUGGCGUCAUUUGGUAAACCGGUCGUUGCUGAUGUGCAGAUGGAGGAUGGAAUAUGGGCAAUGCUUCCAGAGGAUCUGCUUAACGAGAUCUUAGCCAGAGUUCCACCGUUUAUGAUAUUCCGAAUCCGGUCCGUUUGCAAGAAAUGGAACUCGAUUCUUCAGGAUAAUGGGUUUCUCAAGUUUCACUCAAACGUCUCAUCUCACGGGCCUUGUCUUCUCACUUUCUGGAAGAACUCGCCGCAGGUUCCACAGUGCUCGGUGUUUAGCUUGCCGUUGAAGACAUGGUACAAAGUCCCCUUCACGUUUUUGCCUCCGUGGGCGUUUUGGCUGGUUGGAUCUUCAGGCGGUCUCGUUUGCUUCUCGGGUCUUGAUGGUCUAACUUUCAGGACUUUAGUUUGCAAUCCUCUGAUGCAGACUUGGAGAACGCUACCGAGCAUGCACUACAAUCAACAACGGCAACUGAUCAUGGUUGCAGAUCGCUCACAGAAAACAUUCCAAGUCAUAGCCACAAGUGAUAUCUAUGGAGAUAAGUCUCUUCCUACUGAAGUUUAUGAUUCGAAGACUGACAAAUGGUCAUUGCAUCAGAUAAUGCCUGCUGUGAACUUAUGCUCUUCGAAAAUGGCUUAUUGUGACUCCCGGUUGUAUCUUGAAACUCUCUCGCCUCUUGGUUUGAUGAUGUAUCGGCUUGAUACAGGGCAGUGGGAACACAUUCCAGCUAAGUUCCCGAGAUCUUUACUUGAUGGUUACUUAGUUGCUGGGACUCAGAAGAGAUUGUUUCUUGUGGGAAGGAUUGGCCUCUACAGUACCCUCCAAAGCAUGAGGAUAUGGGAGCUUGACCACACGAAGGUCGCUUGGGUUGAAGUAAGUAGAAUGCCACCGAAGUACUUCAGGGCACUUCUUAGACUUUCGGCUGAGAGAUUUGAGUGUUUUGGACAAGAUAAUUUGAUCUGCUUUACGUCGUGGAACCAAGGGAAAGGUCUUCUGUACAAUGUGGAUAAGAAGGUUUGGUCUUGGAUUUCCGGGUGUGCUCUUCAGUCAUGCAACAGCCAAGUGUGCUUUUACGAGCCAAGAUUUGAUGCAUCUGUCCACUGA